CACAAACAACACAAUCUCAACAAAACCACUUAAACAAUUUUAAACACGAUUGCCUUAUUUUGUGUAAUAUCGUGACGCAUCGUUGACCAAAAGAAAAGCUCGAGAAUCAUGCAAAAUACUUUAGAUACAAUGUUUUACCCAACAAAACAAGAAAGCUUGUCAAUUGUAGUUAAAAAUAUUGCGCGUUUUUCAACGAGUUUUUACAAGACUGCUAGUAAAGAUGAAGAAAGUAAUUUUAUUUGUUCACCAAUUAGUGCCUCAAUCGCACUUGCAAUGACAGCCUUUGGAGCAAGAAAUAAAACCGAAAAAGAAAUGCGUUCCGUAUUACAAUUUUGUGGUGAUGAUGAAGUCAAUAAAUUAGGCUACCAACUUCUGGUUGACACGUUUAAUGCAUUUAAAAAUGUACAACUUAAUAUUGCCAACAAAAUGUUUGUGUCAAACAGUAUGAAAGUACAUUGUCCAUACAUUUCCGUAACAAAAGAUUUUUUUAGAUCUGAAUUACAGUUGGUUAACUUCGGGGAAUGUGAGACGGCCCGGAAAAUAAUUAACGAGUGGUGUGAAAAUAAAACCAAUAAGACAAUUAAGGAUAUUCUACAACCAGGUGAUAUUAAACCAUUGACAAGACUGGCAAUCGUCAAUGCAAUUUACUUCAAAGGAGGCUGGUUACAUCCGUUUGAUGAAGAAGAAACAGAUCUUAAACCAUUUUAUAUAAAUAACGAAACUCAAACAGACGUAUUAAUGAUGCAACAAGAAGCCUCAUUUAAUUUUGGUAAACUCAAAAAACUUGAUGCUAAAUUUGUAGAGCUCCCUUACGAGAGUAACAGUGUAGAUGAUGCAAUGAGCAUGUUUAUUAUUCUCCCAAAUAAAAAUGAUGGAUUAAAAAUCAUUGAAGAAAAUUUAGACCAAAUAGAUUUUAGACGAUUGCAUGAUCAGCCAAAACGAAAAUUGGAUGCUUAUGAAUAUCGAGAAUCUGUACUUUUAAAAUUACCAAAAUUUAAAAUUGAAAGCACAAUACAACUUAAAAAUAUACUUAAAGAGAUGGGUAUGAUUGAAAUGUUUGAUGAAGAAAAAGCUGAUUUUUCUGGUGUUACAGAUAAUCAAAUUUUUGUUGAUAAAGUAAUUCAAAAAGCUUUUAUCGAAGUGAAUGAAAAAGGAAGUGAAGCUGCAGCUGCUACAGUUGUUGCAGAAAGAAGUCGGUGUGGAGCAGAUCAUAGGAUAAUUGUUGACCGGCCAUUUUUCUGUGUUAUUGUUGCAACAAAAACAGGCACACAACUCUUUAAUGCUCGAGUUGUAGAUCCUUCCAAUGGUUCAUCAUAAUAACUUCAUAGUGUUCACUUAU